AUGGAUCAGUUUGCUCAAUCGAGGAUCAUAUGGCGCCCUGCCAAUCCCGCGCGGACCACUGUGGAGGCGUUCCGUCGCGCGAUUAACCUCAAGCAUGGUCUGAACCUCAGAGACUUCUACGACCUGUACAAGUACUCAGUAGGAGACUACACCUUCUGGCUUGACCUCUGGCAAUACGUUGGCAUCGUAUACUCUGUUCCGCCGGCAAAGAUCCUCGAAGAGGGUCGCAUGAAGGAGAUACCAAUUUGGUUCCCGGGAGCCAGAUUGAACUAUGCAGAAAAUCUUCUCCAGUUCAACGAUGACGGCAUUGCGUGCACUGCCGCGAAGGAGACCGGCGAGGUCUCUCACUACAGCUACAGACAGCUGCGGGAGAUGGUCAAGGAAAUGGCCGCGGCCAUGAGGGUGAACGGACUUGUUGCUGGUGACAGAGUUGCUGCCAUUGUCACCAAUAGCAUCUACGCCGUUGUAUUAGCGCUUGCGGCAGCGAGCAUAGGUGCUAUUUUCUCGAGCACUGCUACAGAUAUGGGGACCCAGGGUAUUCUUGAUAGAUAUAGACAGAUUCAACCCAAGUUCAUUUUUUCGGAGACUGAAGUCAUCUACGUUGGCAAAACCAUAGAUCUCCUGCCCCGCAUUACUGAAGUCUCUCGGGACCUCAUUUCGCGCGGCUUGCAACGUGUGAUUCUACUUCCUAGUGUGAAGAGUGGGAAAGAGGUGGAUGCAGUGCAGACCGCGAGCGUCCCUAACAGUCUUACACUGUCAGCAUUUUUGUCGACGGGAGAUGGUCGUCCAUUGGUGUUUGAACAGCUGCCUUUCGGUCAACCGCUGUACAUUCUGUACUCUUCGGGAACCAGUGGACCGCCGAAAUGCAUCGUUCAUUCGGCUGGUGGCGUACUGCUUCAAGUCAAGAAAGAGCAAGCCAUCACGUAUGGCAUGAACCGGGAUGACGUGUAUUUCCAGUAUACCACCACUGGAUGGAUGAUGUGGCCAUUCAUGCUGAAUGGCCUCUCUUGCGGCUGUCGCGUUAUCUUGUACGACGGCUCCCCGUUCUACCCAGACGUCCGGGACUUCCUCAAGUUCAUCAGCGUCCAGGGAGUGACCUUUUUGGGAACUAGUCCCCGCUUCCUGAGCGAGGUGCAGGGACGAGGCAUACUACCGUGUAAGCUUGCGAACUUCGACUCCAUCCGCAUCAUUGCAUCCACCGGCGCGGUCUUGACUGCCCCGACGUUUGAGUGGACGCAGCAGGCGUUCAACCCGGAUAUACAUCUCAUGUCUGUCUCCGGCGGGACGGAUAUAUGCUCUUCGUUUGUUUCCUCUUCGCGUACGCUACCCGUCUACGCUGGAGAGAUCCAGGCGAAGACCCUCGGCAUGAAGGUCGAGAUAUUCGACGUGCACGGCAGAAACAUCGAAGACACUGGUGUCGCCGGCGAGCUGGUGUGCACCCGGCCGCACCCCUCGCUGCCCAUAUGCUUCUGGGGCGACGAGUCCGGAGAGAAACUGAGGAAUGCGUAUUUCGAGAUGUACCCUGGGGUCUGGCGCCAAGGCGACUUCAUCAUCAAGAACCCAAAGACACAGGGUCUCAUGAUCCUUGGACGCAGCGACGGUGUGCUCAACCCCAGCGGUGUCCGCUUCGGCUCGGCCGAGAUCUACUCCGUGAUGGAGCAGUUCACCAACACCGUAGAUGACUCGCUCUGCAUCGGGCAGCAGCGCCGGGAGGACCCGCACGAGCGGGUGUUGCUCUUCCUCAAGAUGCGUCCCGGACACGCGUUUACGGAGUCCCUGGUAGACAGAAUCCGUGCUGCGAUCCGGAAGGCGCUCAGCCCUAGACACGUACCCGCAUACAUAUUCGAGAUCGAGGAUAUUCCGUACACCGUCAACGGCAAGAAGAUCGAGAUUGCCGUGAAACAGAUCGUCUCUGGGUCCAACCUCAAGCCGAGUGGAACGGUCGUAAACCCUGAAUCGCUGCAGCUAUAUUACAAGUAUAGAGAGGUGGAGAAGGUGAUCGGUGCGAAGGGAAACCCCAAGAUGCAAGCUAAGUUAUGA